AAAGGCCGCUGUUUGCUUUUGUCAUUGUCAUUUAGUGGUCAUUUUAUUUGCCAUACUUAACUCAUUGAGUAUUGAGGACUUGCUAUUUUCUUUAUCUUUAGAAAACAACUUAUCGCAUACACUAGAACGAAUCAAUGUCAGCACCACGCUUCUAUAAAUGAUUAGUAUAAUAAUUUCAAUGUAAACGUCCUCAGUUGAUAGCCACUUCUUACUUGAUAAACAAGUUCCUUGGCGAUUUUUUUUAUUUAAAAAAAAUACUUUGCAUUACACGCACCGCACGGUUAUAGUGAUUUAACCAUUAUAUUCGUUGUAAUCAGUGAACAAUACUGUGUUAGUUUAAGCUUAACUUUGAUUUAAGUGAACUGUUUUAUAACUAUAAAAGUUUUACUAUGUCAGUGCUAAAUAAAAUCAAUGUUUCUAUAAGUAAAGGAUUGAGACGUCUUCGCAAAUCCAAACAUCUAAAUGGGGCCAUUCGCAACGCCAGCACGGGGCAACCUAAUCUGCAUAUGGACAAAUGCCUCAUAGUGUCUAAGGUCACCCGCUACGAGUAUGAGAAACACAGUCUCGACAACAUAUCCGACGCGGAAUUGGAAGCUGUUCUUCGAAAGCGAGGCUCAGACUUCGAUGCCAUGCUGCAGAACCACAGGGAACAGAAGGCUUUCGAGCAAAGUGUGGCCAGGAGUCUGAGGGAGAUGGGGCGAAAAGUCGAAAUGGCUAGCAGAUUGACGUACAACGAGGAUCUGAUAAAGUGGUGCGACGUUGUCGUGCCCUGCGGCGGGGACGGCACGUUCCUUCUCGCUGCUUCUAGAGUAAGGGACGCUAACAAGCCGGUGAUCGGGUUCAACAGCGCGCCGCGCCGCUCCGUGGGCCGCCUGUGCCUGCCGACCUGGUGCUCGAAUGAUGUCAAAGGUGCGCUCCACGCUUUGAAGGAGGGUCGGUUCAGAUGGAUGCGGCGAUCUCGGAUACGAACGACUGUCACUUGCGAAGCCAAACUAUUGGACACCAUAACACCAGUUGACCUACAUACGCUACAUUACAGCAGAUAUUCAGCAGUGUCUCAGCCCCUGGACAAUCCAGAAAGCCCUCAAUCAUCAGGUCUGCAUCGGGAACAGUUCACUACAGAGCAGAAGAAUUCGGUGCUGCACACUAAAGUGCUACCGUUUUUGGCCCUCAACGAGGUAUUCAUAGGCGAGAGCGUGACAUCGCGAGUGUCGUUGCUCCGACUUCAAAUAGACAAGGGCGCGUGGACUCACACGAAAAGCUCAGGGCUGUGUGUGAGCACGGGCACGGGCAGCACUUCGUGGCAUUACAGUAUAAACUGCCUUCGCACCCACUCUGUCCUGGAGCUGAUGAAAAUACUCUCCAAGGAAGGAAUAGCCGUUGAUACUACGUUGGAGAAAGCGAGGGAAGUCGCUGAGAAAUAUAAUCAGAAGCUCAUGUUCGCCGCCGACUGUGACAAGUUGGCCUAUUCUGUCCGAGAAUACAUAACGUUCGAGGAUUGGCCGGUACCGAGAGGGCUGCGGGUUCGAGACCGCGCCGACACUGUACGGGUGAAAUCGCACUGCGUUGACGCUGGUCUGGUGAUCGACGGGAGCGUCUCGUUUCCCUUCAACGACGGCACGGAAGCCCUACUGGAGAUACACCCCGAGGACGCGCUCAUGACUGUGCACAUGGAUGAUGCGUUGCCAUAUUGAUGUUUAAGGUACCCUGUUGGAGCUUAAAAAAAAGACUACAAUUAGGCGCCAUUACGUGAUGCGUAAAAUACAAAACACGGUAAAAAGCUCUGAAGUUAAAAAUUGCCUUUAAAGUUUAUACCGGUUACAUAAUUGACAUUUUGUUGUCAAAGAAGUACCGUAUCUUAAGAUAUCGCAGUUUUUUUUCACAGAAGUACGUCCCAACCAACAAAUCCCAUUUCGUAACUAGUUACGAAAAAGGAAUAUUUCAUAUUAGUUUCAUUACCAUUUUGGUAUUUAAUUAAAUACGUGGAUACUAAUACCAAUUAAAAAAAUAAUUCAUUAAUAGCAUAAAAUUCACAAAAACAAAAUGAAACUGGCAAUUAAAAGAACAUUACUAUAAUUAACAGUGCACAUAGUCACCAAUAUAUAUUUUUUACUUUUCCUAGCCUGUCCCUGUACCGCAUUUUUGCUUUUAUGAUUUCUGUGUCAAACCUAGGAAUGUUCUAGAUAUUUAGAUAAAUAAAAGUUUAUAUAUAGUCAUGAAAUUAUUUAUAAAUAAGGAUAGUGUAAUGUCAGCGAGUAUAAUACACAACAAAUAAUUAUUAUAUUUACAUAUACAUUCAUAUCUUAAAUGAAAAUAUCUUCAUUAUUUUACGCAAAAAAGUCCUGAACAUCUUUGUGAAAGUACUCGCUGUUCAAAAUUUUCUCUACCUGUGAUUUGUGCUUACGUUUUUUUUUAUAUCCUGAUGCAAGACUGAAUUAUUUUGCAUUGUAAUUAAUUUAUUGUAAGUUUAUUCAUUUAAGAUGUAAGAAGAUAUUGCGAGCGCAGCUAUAAGUAAAUUUCACACUUACAACUCACUCAUAUUGUUUUAUAUUACAACUCGUUAUUAAUAUAAAACAAAAUAUAAUUUCUCAUGCAAGGACGAUAGACAGAUAGAUAGAUUUAAAAAUACUUAAUUUAGAUUUCCGAACUGUUUUGUUCCAUACUAUGAUGCAAUAUUGUAUUUAGCAUAAAAUACAUUUAAUAACUUUUUUUCUGCACAAAAAACGCAAUAUGUUUGUUUAUAAUAAAUUAGUUGUAUAGUUAUUUUUGUUCCGAAUGUGCAAUAAACUUUUAUUUAAAAUUUAGUUCCUUAAGUCAAUUUAAAAAGUUGUUAAGUACUCAAAAAUCACUGUAAAAGUGUCCUUAUUGUAACCAAUGACCCUCUUCAGUGAGAGUUUCUGAAUGAAGGAAUAUUGUAGGUACCAUGAACUUAAGAUCAUUUGCAUUUUUGUGAUGUUACUUAAGAUAAUGUAUUGUGUUUCAUGUUUUUAUGAUUCCAUUUUUAUACCUCCAUACUUUUUUAUGGCCAAUAUGUUUGGUUUAAUAUACUGCAGUUAUAAAUAAAAUAA